AUGAUUGCUUCUAAUGAAAUUGAGAUUGGAAGAGGUGUAAACCAGAUUGGUACUUUGCAACAAGCUGGAGAUACUAGGUGGGGAUCUCAUUUUCAAUCUAUUUGUAGUUUGAUUAAAAUGUUUAAUGCUACUUGCAAAGUUAUCAACACUAUCUUUGAGGAAGAGGCUAAUUAUAAACAGCGCGGUGAUGCUGAGGGAGCUUAUCAGGUAUUAACAUUAUUUGAAUUUAUUUUAAUCUUGCAUUUGAUGAAAGAGAUAAUGGGAAUUACUAAUAUUCUUUGUCAAGCUUUGCAACAACAUUCUCAAGACCUUUUAAAUGCCAUGCAUUUAGUUUCAACUACAAAAUCACUUAUUCAAAAGUUGAGAGAUAAUGGAUGGGAGCCUUUACUUGCUAGAGUUAUAUCAUUUUGUGAGCAACAUGAACUUGAUAUUCUUGAUAUGAAUGCUUGUUACACUAAAGCUGAAGGUAGAUAUCGUCAUCAAGAUGAAGAUUUAACAAUGAAACAUCAUUUUAGAAUUGGCAUAUUUACAGUUGCAAUAGACUUUCAAUUGCAAGAAUUGAACAGUAGAUUUUGUGAGCUAACAAUAGAACUUGUCAUUCUUAGUUCAGCUUUAAAUCCCAAAGAUGCUUUUAGAUUAUUCAAAAUUGUUGAUAUAUGCAAUUUGAUUAAGAAAUAUUAUCCUCAAGAUUUUACUGAAUAA